AGCCUGUUGAUUUAUCCCGUCGUUGCUCUUUUGGGACAUGAAGGAGAGCAGCAGCUGAUGAGAAGAGACAAAAGUCCGCGGUGAGGAGGCAGAAACGUGCUCGAUGCAUCCUUCUCACAGGGUCUGAAGAGGAGGAGGCACCGUGAGGACCUGCCGACCCCCGCCGACCCCCCACCCACCGUCCUCGACCCUCUCUCUCCGAGACUUUAUCUUUCAUUUUAUUUAUUCUUUAUUUAUUAUGUAUUUAUUUAAUAUGGGGCGAACCGUCCUGCUGACCCUCGUCGUCAUGUCCAUGUUGUUGUGCCAGGGGUUCUGCUCGGGCGUGUUCGAGCUGAAGUUGCAGGAGUUCCUCAACAAGAAGGGAGUGCAGGGCAACAGGAACUGCUGUAAAGGAGCUCCGGUAACGUCCUACCACCAGCAGCAGCAGCAACAGCAGCAGCAGCAGCAGCAGCAGCAGCAGUGUGACUGUCAAACCUUCUUCAAGAUCUGCCUCAAGCACUUCCAGCCCAACGCCUCCCCGGAGCCGCCCUGCACCUACGGAGCCGCCGUGACGCCCAUCCUGGGCUCCAACUCCUUCCAGGUCCCCGACGCCAUCCCCGAGAGCUCCUUCACCAACCCCAUCAGGAUCAACUUCGGCUUCACGUGGCCGGGGACCUUCUCCCUGAUCAUCGAGGCGUUCCACGCCGACUCCAAAGACGACCUCUCCACAGAGACCCCGGAGCGCGUCAUCAGCACCAUGUCCACCCAGAGGCACCUGACGGUGGGAGACGAGUGGUCCCAGGACCUGCACACGGGCGGCAGGACCGAGCUCAAGUACUCGUACCGGUUCGUGUGCGACGAGCACUACUACGGGGACGGCUGCUCGGUGUUCUGCCGACCCAGAGACGACGCGUUCGGCCACUUCACGUGUGGAGAGCGCGGAGAGAUUGUGUGCGACGCCGGCUGGAAAGGACAGUACUGCACGGAACCCAUCUGUCUGCCGGGCUGUGAUGAAGAACACGGCUUUUGCGAGAAACCCGGAGAGUGCAAAUGCCGAGUUGGUUUCAAAGGACGUUACUGUGACGAGUGCAUCCGUUACCCGGGCUGCCUACACGGGACCUGCCAGCAGCCGUGGCAGUGCAACUGUCAGGAGGGCUGGGGGGGGCUGUUCUGCAACCAAGAUCUCAACUACUGCACUCACCACAAGCCCUGCAUGAAUGGAGCCACUUGUAGCAACACGGGUCAGGGCAGCUACACCUGUUCCUGCAGGCCGGGGUUCACUGGCGCCAGCUGUGAGAUCCAGGUCAACGAAUGUGCUGGAAACCCCUGUCGCAACGGAGGAAGCUGCACGGAUUUAGAGAACACAUAUACCUGCACUUGCCCUCAUGGUUUCUAUGGCAACAACUGCGAGCUGAGCGCCAUGACGUGCGCAGACGGGCCCUGCUCCAACGGCGGCCGCUGUGCAGACAACCCUGACGGAGGUUAUUUCUGCCAGUGCCCUACAGGAUACGCAGGAUUCAACUGUGAGAAGAAGAUCGACCACUGCACCUCCGGACCCUGCUCUAACGGUGCUCGCUGUGUGGAUCUGGUCAACUCGUAUCUCUGUCAGUGUCCAGAUGGAUUUACUGGCAUGAACUGUGACCAAACCGGGGAUGAGUGUUCCAUGUACCCUUGCCAGAACGGCGGCACGUGCCAAGAGGGUCCAACUGGCUACACUUGCACCUGCCCACCAGGGUACACGGGUCGCAACUGUAGCUCACCCAUCAAUCGCUGCGAGCACAACCCGUGCCACAACGGCGCCACGUGCCACGAAAGGAACAACCGCUACGUCUGUGCAUGCGUCCCGGGCUACGGGGGCAGGAACUGCCAGUUCCUGCUUCCAGAGCACGCCGCCAUCCGGGGUUCGGAAGUUCCUUGGAUGGCCGUAGGAUCUGGCGUGGCCCUGGUGCUGCUCCUGUUGGCGGGGUGUGCCGUACUCGUUGGAUUUUUCCGAUCAAAAGCCCAGCGCGGCGGUCAAAUAGAGACUGUGGUAGAAACAGAGACAAUAAAUAACCUCACCAAUAAUUGUCACCGCAGUGACAGGGACCUGGCCGUCAACAUGAUGCCGACGUCCGGCGUCAAGAACAUUAACAAAAAGAUGGACUUUUGUAGCGCUGAUCCCGACGAAGGAUCAUCGCCGGGGAGAAGCGGCUUCAAGAGCCGCAAUCCUCCCGCAGACUACAACCUCGUACACGAGGUCAACUACGAGCAGGCGGCCAAGGAGGCCAUGCUGGAGCCAGCCUGCGAGGACAAGUGCCAGUCCCUGGACUCGUUUGAGUUCGAGGAGAAGCGCACCAAAGGUCUAAAAUGCGAUGCAUCAGAAAUCUCUGCCCCAGAAAUGUCUGCAUGUGCGGACACCAAGUACAAAUCUGUGUUUGUGUUGUCAGAGGACAAGGACGAAUGUAUAAUUGCAACUGAGGUGAGUUUCCGUCUUUAGCUAGCUGUCGCUGCUACGCUACGACUGUUUGCUCAAGGAGAACAACACUUAUUAACAACUUUUUUUUUCUCUCGUUCUCGUUCUUCUCCAGGUGUAACAAGGCCAUCGACGGGCUGCCUGUUGCUCAUUUGCUCUAUGGGAGAGUUUUUAUACUCCUUCAGAUGCUGCUCUAACCCUAGGGGGAGUUGUCCCGCCUUGAGACUGCUGCUGAUACUGAGACGUUUAACUGAUAUUCAGAGUGAGCUGGUUCUCUACUGGAAACUAAGUGCAGGAAGCGGCGGCCUGUGGGAUGAGAACUGGCAGGGGUUGAAAAAGAAAUAAUUAAAGUUUACAGUUUAAGUAAACGGCCACUUAGCUUUCUGUUUUGCCUUUUUAUUGGGGGGAGGGGGGGGGUGGGGGGGGAGAGUAGGGAUGAAAUAACAAUAAUAAUGAUAAUUAAAAAAAAUAUUUAUAAAGAUACGUGCCAUCACGUGGCGGCAACACGCGGUGUUACGAUUACUAGCCUUUUUGCAACAUUUGCACCCAGGCCUUUUCUCUAACCCACAUGCCGUUGGCGAGCGCAGGAACUGCAUCAAACGGUGGAUGUUCGGCCAUAGUGGCCUGUUCUUCAUGAGGCUGUUCACGUGGGCGGUGCACCCAUCACCACACCUGUGAAGACUGUAUGUAUACUUGAUCACUGUGUUAACUGAAGUGCGUUUUCUUCCCUGAAAGCCUCCAAACCGUUUUAAGACAUAGUAUUGUUCAUUUGUAACGAUCAUUUCUCUCUUGUCGGGGACAUGAAUUUUAUCUUCUUUGGGUCUUAAUUAAGAAAAAAAAAAAAGUUGCUUUUU